AGACAGAGAGACAGAGAGACAGAAAAAGAGAGACAGAGAGAGAGACAGAGAGAGAGUGAGAGAGAGAGAGAGAGAGAGAGAGAGAGAGAGAGAGAGAGAGAGAGAGAGAGAGAGAGAGAGAGAGAGAGAGAGAGAGAGAGAGAGAGAGACAGAGACAGAGAGAGUGAGAGAGAGAGAGAGAGAGAGAGAGAGAGAGAAAGAGAAAGAGAAAGAGAGAGAGAGAGAGACAAAGAGAGAGAGAGAGAGAGAGAGAGAGAUAGACAGAGAGAGAUAGACAGAGAGAGAGAGAGACAGAGAGAGACCGCCAGAGAGAGAGAGAGAGACAGACAGAGACAGAUAGACAGAGAGAGAGAGAGACAGCGAGACAGAGAGAGAGAGAGAGAGAGAGAGAGAGAGAGAGAGAGAGGGAGAGAGAGAGAGAGAGAGAGAGAGAGAGAGAGAGAGAGAGAGAGAGAGAGAGAGAGAGAGAGAGAGAGAGAGAGA